UGCUCUGGCCUCGGAGCUAGAAGAGCGUACGUUUCGGGAAAACUCGCAAACCUUUCUGUUGUUGUUGUUUUCGCUCCCUUUCAAAACAGUUUUGCAACUUGAGAGGGGGAAAAACUAGUUUAAUUACGUCACACAAUAAUAAACGAAGGGAUCUCGCGCGUUUGUGAGUGAGAAAAAAAAGAGACGGGGGUUGUAAUUUCUGUGGCACGAACGAAACGGGGUGAAGUUUUGUGGGAAAAUAGCACGGAUGUUGCUGGAAAAUUGUGAAAUUGAAUGCGUUCUUCUCUCUGGCUGGCUGGCGCUAUGAGUGCAGAGAUCGAAGAUUUUUCCUCUCGACCAGUAGCGAUUCGACAUCGUCAUCUUCACCACCGUUCUCAUUGACGACGACGACGACGGAAGGAGCGGAGAGAGAACAACAACUGGUUGCACUCGAUCAUUCCAAGAGUGAGAGAAAAAACAGCAUCUUGUAAGCCCGUACGACAGCUGCUGCACCUCGGGAAACCCCGCACUGCUUUAGUCUUGGUCCAACUGCCGUGACUGAAAGAUCGUUCAUUUUCCUUUCCCUUCUCCGCAAACAUCUUUCAUCUUCUUUGACCGGAUCGAAUCGAAACGCGCGGAGUCUGUGUAGCGUCGGUAGCAAAAUGACCGCGCAAGUUCUAUCAAUACCACGGGAUUAUACUGAUAACAAAGUGAAGGAUGAAAACACAUCGUACGGAUUAACGGGGACAUCAGUGACAUACCAUAUAGAAGUGUCUCGGCUGGAAUCGUUUUUAAACUGGAGCAUACCGUUCAUCAGCAAGUUCGAGUUGGCCCGGUUUGGAUUUUAUUAUGUGGGGCCGGGUGACAUGGUGAAGUGCUUUUUCUGUCGGGUUGAAAUUGGACUGUGGGAGCCGAAUGAUAAUGUGUUAUCGGAACACUUGCGGUGGUCUCCGUACUGUCCGCUGCUGCGCAAGCGCCCAACAAACAAUCAACCGCUCGAUGCAAGUUUCCUGGACCAACUGCCGGAGCCCAGCUAUGAUACCUGUGGUAUCCAGAUUAGGCAGCACUCCGUGGCAGAGAAUGCGUACUCGUCGUCGGACAGGAGCAGCAGCGGAUCGAUGUCGUCGCCACCGAGCUCGUUGACGUCCGAGUCGAGUAUGAUGUCCAAUGCGUCCGGAGGUGUCGGAGCAACUGAACUACAGCCACCCCAGCAGCAGCACAAACUUCCCGAAUAUCCCAACUAUGCUAUCGAAGCGAAGCGGCUAGAAAGCUACGAAGACUGGCCAAAGUUUAUGAAGCAAAAGCCGAAGGAACUCAGCGAUGCUGGAUUCUUCUACACGGGCAAGAGCGAUCGAGUCAAGUGCUUCAGCUGUGGGGGAGGUCUGAAGGACUGGGAGGCCGGGGAUGAGCCCUGGGAGCAACAUGCUAUGUGGUAUAGCAACUGUGAGUACCUGAAACUAAUGAAGGGCGAAGAGUACAUCGCCCAGUGCUUGGCCAAGAAGGAAAAUUCUUCGGAAAUGUCCGAGCAGCCGCAGGACGUCGGCCCAUCCAGCUCCCCGCAGCCGUCAACGUCCGGAGUCGCGUCGGCGGCCACCACCUCGCUACCUUCAUCACAGUCAUCCAGUCUGAGCACUUCGGUCGAAGAAAGCAAUCCUAUGACAUCGAUGGCGGCACCCAUGUCCGGCAGCAGUGGCCUCGAGGAAGACGAGGACGAACCGAACCGCAAGCAGGACACGAGCCGAACGUGCAAAAUUUGCUACGUCAACGAGUACAACACCGCGUUCUCACCGUGUGGCCACGUUGUGGCGUGUGCCAAGUGCGCCUCGUCGGUCACCAAGUGUCCCCUGUGCCGGAAACCCUUUACCAAUGUGAUGCGAAUUUACCUGAUGUGAGAUUCUGACCCGAAAUAUAGUAUUGGAAUCUUCAAGAAAGUCCCAGGCGCAACAAUCGUGACGGACACAAUUCCUAUCGAAUCCGAUCGUGGUCAACUGCACGUUAAGGAAGUGCACUAGGAGGCUUGGAGCAAAGUACUAAUUAUUGCAUAAAAGGUUAAAUCGCAUACAAACUGACGUAAAUCAUUGACAUUUUCGUUGAAAAUCAUCAAUUACUUGUCACUAGAGCCAUCUGGUGGCGAACGCUCCAAAUUCAAAAUUAACAAGGCAAAAUUCCGAUCACUCAAAAUAAUUUUGAAUGAGAUUUACGUCCGAUUGUCUGUGGUUUAAUGUUUUGCAAAUUUCGGCGUUUUUAUUUGUUUUUUUCUAACACCAUCAGGACGCUGGAAAACAUCGUGUCCUUUCACACUUCACAUGUAUUUAUUUGAGGAAAAAUAAUACAUUUAACGGUAAUUGUAAAAGCUUACGCUUAAUUUGAAACCCGACAGUUCAAAUUUCCUUAAGAUCGACAUCAACAGGAAAGUUCAGCAGUAACAGGCGUGACUGUUUGAAUUGUUGGUUCGAUUUUUCAGUCCUAUGCUCAUUCUGAGCAGGACAGACCGCCGGUCCUCGGGGGAAAACAUUCGGAGCUAGUUUGGAAUUUCAUCAUUAGAGUUCUCACUUUGUUGUUGAGUAUUCAACUGCUAAUCGGAGUGAGAACAUAUGAUUUAAUUCCAAAAUUGCUCCGUCUCCGUCACUGGACCGCGAAGGUCAAGCAGAACAUUUUAAAAGGAUCGAACCUGGUGUUACUUUGAUUUUGGUUAACGAGUCAUUUUAAUCUGCACUGUUCUGCCGCUCGAAGCAAGUCCGUCCCAUAUGUAAUUUCGUCAAUUUUCAUGUUUUUACUUAUGGGACGGACAAGAUUCAAGCGGCAGUGUAAACGUUAAUGAAACGAAAAUAUAUUAAAACAUCUAGAAUGUCACAAUGUGUUAUAGAAUAGGUAUCAUACUAAUUUCUAAUAAUUUCGGUAAACUCUGUACAUAUAAAAAUAUGAGUUUUAAUACAUAAUAAACAAACAAAAAAAUUGUAAAAUCUACUGUAAACUGAAAAUAACACAUUUAAUUUUUAUUUCCUGGAAAGAAAUCCCUUCGGCUUAGCCAGCGAUUAGGUUAUCACCUGGCCCGGCCUUUAAAUUUUGCUGUUGGCGCAAAAUACCUGGUAAAUUUCCACUUGUUUGUUGACAACGUUACGAAACCACUCGCGCGGUCACGUUACUUGAUCACGUGUCACAAUGCCGUGUCGUCAAUGAGCGUGGAACGUGCCCAUCUGUUAGGUGUUGCGAAAAUCUUCCCAAUGACGCAGGGACUUUGCAACGUUUUAUCUAGGUCUGUUUGUCAAGUUGCGAGUGCUUGUUUUCCCUGGCGUUGUCGACGACCCACUCGAUGGCCCCAAGUUGGCAAAAACAAGCUUCCAUAUUUAAGCUUGCACUAAAGUAGGGUAAACUACACUACACAGGUGAUCAUCCAAGCGGUUGUUGAGAUCAUUCAUUGUGCGCUCGCUAGUAUCUGUGACAAACGUGAUCCAACAGCACAGCAGUGACUAGAGGCGAGUCUUAUUUUGGUCAGUCUCCCAUGUCCAUAAUCGGGGACAGCACUCAGCUAACUUCGCUGCGAUCGGUUCACUCGGCGUAGAACCUGCUGCUAGGUCAUUCUAACGGGCAAACAAUACAAAACACGCACACACCGUUGUUGAUCGUCGAUUGAGCCACAGACAAGUGGAGCUGACGGUACGAUCAACAGGUCAAUGACGACUCCGGUGGCGACCCACGCAGUUCCGCUUGGCUGUGCCUGACGAGGUCAUUCAGCGCGUUGUUUCUGCGUAUCAACCGAGACCAGUUCGCGCGUACUAACACACACUGAGAGCGGUUGUUUUCGUGUGUUCGCAACUG